UCUUUCCCAUCUGGCUAGCUUAGAGACAUGUCCACGUCUAGGUCCAUCUGCUGCCUUUAGAGACGGACUGUGGGGAAACCAUGAGUGGAAAAACGCGAGACAAAGUGGUGACAUCGGGAAGACUGACAGGAAAAGUUACAGUGAGUCGAGCGCCUCCUGAUGGAGGACCUCCACUCCAACCUCAGCCUGACUACUCUCUCUACUCCACAGACUCAGAGGACCAGGUCACCACUCUACACAGGGGCCUGGACAAGUGUGCUGCCUUGCUCAGUGGCAUUCUUGUGGCAGAUGAAGCAGCAUCAGCAGGUCUUCAGAGAACCCCGAAGAAAGAAACGAGCAAGCCAAGAUCCUCCAGUUUCCAAGGGAAAAAGCCUGGAAAGAAAUUCCCAGCGAAGGCAGCCACUCCAACUCUGUUAAGAAUUGUAAAGGGUGGCACAGUCAAAUCAAGAGGAUCCACCUCCCAGGGGAAGGCGAGCGAAAGGAAACCGGCCAUAAAAUCAGCUGAUACUCAGAGGUCAGAACGGCGCCAGCCAGCAGCCGCCCACAGCUUCACCCCUCCGGCUCCGCACUCCGGAGUGAAGCUUCAUCCUCCUCAGAAACCAACCCAGUCUGUUCAGUCUCUGUCUGCGGGCUGUCAGACAUCUGCGCGCCAGUCCGCCUCCGUCCCGCCUCCGCUGCGGUCCAGUGCAGCGCUGCGGGACCAUUGGAACCAUUCCCGCUCUGCGUCUGCAGUGUGCGAUGGGAAGGAGGAGUGUGGUCCUGUGGGAGGUGCUGAUGGUGCAGCCGGCUGCAUCCCGAGGGAGAGCUGCUGCAGGGAGGAGAUGCUCCGCUCUCUGCUGGAAGAAGUCCGGGCUCUGAUUCCUGGACAAGCAGAGUGGCUGCUUGGCCGUUUGGAGCAGACCGUCUGUGUUUCAGACACUCGGAACCCUGAGCUCUGCAGUGUGAAGAAUCGGCAUGAGAAGGUGGAGGAGCCACAGAAAGGCCAGAUACUACUUUCUUCAGAAGAACCGAGCCUCCAACAGGAAGUCAUCUCUGCCCAGUCCAGCCUUCAGCAACUCCAGGAUGACCUCACAGAGCUACGGAAAGCUCUGCAGGACACACAGAGCCGGCUGAGGGACACCGAGGCAGAAAAGGCCCUCAUUAAGACAGAGUUGGAGGCGGCUAGAAACCGGCUGCUGGAGAGCGAGCGAGAGAAGAUUGAGCUAGCAUCAGUCGCUCAGCUAAGACUGAAGGAAAUUAAACAUCUUAGAAGGCUCCUUCAGAGUCACUAUUCAUCAAAACCCAUGGAUGUCCAGAACUCAUUGUCCGUCACCAAGCAGUAUUUUGGCCAACAAAAUCAAGUAGUGGUAUCGACUGACCGCAUCAAGGAGUUCCUGAUCUCCCUUAACCAGGGGGAGCCCACACACACCGAGAGUCUGCGCGUUGCUGCAGAACGAGAAGAAAACUCGAAAGGCGACGGAUCAAAUCAAAGAGAGCAAUGUGUUGAGACGUUACCUCAUCACCAGGAUCAUCAUCAUCAUCACCCCAACCUAGCCUUCUCUGAGGACGUCCCGCCGUGCGAGGCGGCGUCUGUGUGGUCCAACUGGAGCAUGAAGUCGGAGUCGACCUUUAACACCAGAGAUGAGGCGGCGUUCAGAGAUGGCCUGGCAGCUCUGGACGCCAGCAUAGCCAACCUGCAGAAAACCAUUCAGCUGGAUCUGAGGAAGUGACCCGUCGGCCUCCAGGACCUGAACACACUCCAAGCUUCCGGAGCGAGCCGCCUUGUGAAUGGGAGCCUCACCGACGCAGUCCUGAGAACAGAGGAUGUGGC